AUUUUAUGACAUAUCAUUAAUGACACCAGUGUUACUUCUUUCAUUUCUUCCUCAGGUAUCCAUGUUUUACAGAUGAUCUUUUCAUGUGAGAAGGAUGAUGAGACUCAGGAAGUUAAUGCAGUUCACAUGUAUGGUUACGAUGGAGAAGACCUUAUGGCACUGGAUUUGGAGGCUGAGACAUGGAUCACGCCAAUAUCACAAGCAAUCCCAAUUAAAACACUGUUGGGCACUGAAAAAGCCAAUAUUUUGUUUAACAAGAAUAUUCUUACCAAUGAAUGCCCUGAUUGGAUGGAGAGAUUAUUGAAUGGAGGGAAGAAUAUUCUGCUGAGAACAAAGAAUCCCUCUUUGUCUCUGCUGCAGAAGACUUUUUUCAGUCCAGUGAGCUGCCACGCUACAGGCUUCUAUCCUAAAAGAGCCCUGAUGUUCUGGACGAAAGAUGGGGAAGAGAUUCAUGAGGACGUGGAACAUGGAGAGAUCCUUCCAAACAAUGAUGAGACCUUUCAGAUGAAAGUUAACCUGAAUGUAUCCUCAAUCCCUCCUAAAGAUUGGAGGAGAUACAACUGUGUGUUUCAGCUCCUUGGCAAAGAGGAAGAAACCAUCCAACUGGAUAAAGCAAAGAUAACAAGCAACCGAGGCUCGCCCUACAGGUCCCAGGACCAACUAAGAGUAGAACCCCACCCCAUAUAUCCAAAGGAGCCAAGGGCAGACAUAGAGAUGGCCGCACCCACCAGAGAAGGGCAGACCGGAGCAUCUGGAGCCCGACCACCAAUGGGCCCAAACCCAAAGGGUCAAAACCCAGAGGCCACAGUGCCGAGGUACCGUGGGGCCAUGGCAGCAAGCCCCUGGACUCUGCCAGUGGCCGGUCAUGCCCAAGGCUGGCCCUACAGGUCCCAGGACCAACAAAGAGUAGAACCCCACGCCAUAUAUCCAAAGGCACCAAGGGCAGACAUAGAGAUGGCCGUGCCCACCAGAGAAGGGGAAAUGGGAGCAUCUGGAGCGCAACCACCAAUGGGCCCAACCCCAAAGGGCCAAAACCCAGAGGCCACAGUGCUGAGGUACCGUGGGGCCAUGGCAGCAAGCCCCUGGACUCCACCAGUGGCCGGUCAAGCCCAAGGUGGACCCGGAUAA